AUGUCGAGAUCUCGAUUUUCUUCUGGGUAUUGCCACGAGCGAGCGGUUGUGCUAGAACCAAUCAAACCGGCCUUAUCCUCUCGGCGUGUUCUUGUUGAACAUGUUGAAGAUGCUAAUAUCGUCUCCAUGAGCUUCCUCGCUAUUCUUGAAACGCUAUCCCUUGAAUUUUUCACCGCCCCUGAAAUUAUCCCUCUGAGUCCAUUUGAGCAGGAUUGGUAUCAUUCUUUAAUGAAAGACCGACUUCGUCGCCUGAAUACUUUACAUCGAAUUGGCAUAACCCAUGGCGACAUCCAUGAUCAUCACUUUCGACUUCCUAAUGAUAUUUACGAUACAGUUCUAUUAGACUUCUCCGAAGCCUACACUUUCUCUAAGAAACAGCCUUUUCGGGUGAACCACGGGAGACCUCGGCCUUUGAGCGCUAUAUCUGAGGGUGAACGUGGCCGUGUCAUUCAUCAUAUCCGUGAUCGAGCUAUCUCACGAGACCUUCGCUCCUAUCUUAUUCGUGAUGCCGACUCUAAACACACAUCUUCUCCUGAUAACACAGCCUGCGUUGAUAACGCGCUCUGGCAGUUUCCCGACAAAGAAAUCGAAUUGUUAGAAUUGAUCAUGUUAAAAGUUUCCUUCCGCCCAGAUGGUCAGUUAUCGUGGAUCCCAUAUCCUAGAUGUUGA